AGGUGCCGCGAGCAGGAGCGCCCAGAGCCGGGAGCCGGGUCCGGGGCUGGCGGCGGCGCGGGCAGAGGCGGGCGGGCGGGCGCCGGGGAAGCCUCCUCCUGGGCAGCGAGUGAGGGCGGCGCGCAGGGAGGGAGGGAGGGAGAGCGGGCGGCAGCGAGCCUGCGACGGGAGAGGCGUGGGGAGGAGAGCCCGGCGCGGAACACACGCGCGGAGGAGGAGCCGGGCUCGGCUCCCCGAGAGACCUGCCGGGCGCCCGCGCAGCCCGGAGACCCCUCGCGCCCGGAGCAUGAGCCCGAGCCCCGCCGGAGAGCGGCCGGGGGAGACGGCCUCGGCGCAGCCCUGAGACGCUGGGCCGGGACGCGGGGCGCCCUGGGCGCGGGGCCCGGCCGGGGGGCGGCGGCUCGGGGGGUUGGAGCCCGCGCUGGCGGCGGCCGCCUCGGCGCAGCGCCAUGGGGAGCCCCCGGGCCGCGCGGCUCCCGCUGCUCCUGCGCCCGGUGAAGCUGCUGCGGAGGCGCUUCCGGCUGCUGCUGGCGCUCGCCGUGGUGUCUGUGGGGCUCUGGACUCUGUAUCUGGAACUGGUGGCGUCGGCCCAGGUCGGCGGGAACCCCUUGAACCGGAGGUACGGCAGCUGGAGAGAACUGGCCAAGGCUCUGGCCAGCAGGAACAUUCCAGCUGUGGAUCCACACCUCCAGUUCUACCAUCCCCAGAGGCUGAGCCUCAAGGACCAUGACAUUGACCAAGCAGGGAGCCGUAACAGCAGCUACUUGAAGUGGAACAGGCCUGUCCCCUGGCUGUCAGAGUUCCGGGGCCGUGCCAACCUGCAUGUGUUUGAGGACUGGUGUGGCAGCUCUAUCCAGCAGCUCAGGAGGAACCUGCAUUUCCCACUGUACCCCCACAUUCGCACAACCCUGAGGAAGCUUGCUGUGUCCCCCAAAUGGACCAACUAUGGCCUCCGCAUCUUUGGCUACCUGCACCCCUUUACUGAUGGGAAAAUCCAGUUUGCCAUUGCUGCAGAUGACAACGCGGAGUUCUGGCUGAGUCUCGAUGACCAGGUCUCAGGCCUCCAGCUGCUGGCCAGUGUGGGCAAGACUGGGAAGGAGUGGACCGCCCCGGGAGAGUUCGGGAAAUUUCGGAGCCAGAUUUCCAAGCCAGUGAGCCUGUCAGCCUCCCACAGGUACUACUUCGAGGUGCUGCACAAGCAGAAUGAGGAGGGCACCGACCACGUGGAAGUUGCGUGGCGACGGAACGACCCCGGAGCCAAGUUCACCAUCAUUGACUCCCUCUCCCUGUCCCUCUUCACAAAUGAGACGUUCCUACAGAUGGAUGAGGUGGGCCACAUCCCACAGACAGCAGCCAGCCACGUGGGCUCCUCCAACGCUCUUCCCAGGGAUGAGCAGCCGCCCGCUGACAUGCUUCGGCCUGACCCCCGGGACACCCUCUAUCGAGUGCCUCUGAUCCCCAAGUCGCAUCUCCGCCACGUCCUGCCUGACUGUCCCUACAAACCCAGCUACCUGGUGGAUGGACUCCCUCUGCAGCGCUACCAGGGACUCCGGUUUGUUCAUCUGUCUUUUGUUUACCCCAAUGACUAUACCCGCCUGAGCCACAUGGAGACCCACAAUAAAUGUUUCUACCAGGAAAACGCCUACUACCAAGACCGGUUCAGCUUUCAGGAGUACAUCAAGAUUGACCAGCCUGAGAAGCAGGGUCUGGAGCAGCCAGGUUUUGAGGAAAACCUUCUAGAAGAGUCCCAGUAUGGGGAAGUGGCAGAGGAGACCCCUGCCUCCAACGACCAGAAUGCCAGGAUGCUCGAGGGAAGACAGACACCUGCCUCCACCCUGGAGCAAGAUGUCACUGACUACCGCCUCCGAAGCCUGCGGAAACUCCUAGCUCAGCCUCGGGAGGGCCUGCUGGCCCCCUUCUCCAAGUGGAACUCCACAGCAUCCUUCCCAGGGAGGACCAGCCACAUUCCAGUGCAGCAGCCAGAGAAGAGGAAGCAAAAACCCAGCCCUGAGCCCAGCCAAGAUUCACCUCAUUCUGACAGGUGGCCUCCUGGGCACCCUGCGAAGAACCUGCCUCCAAUUAGGAGGCCCAGGCCCAGGCCCAGGCCCGCUGAUGACAGCCCCAGGAAGGCUCUAGAGCAGUCCCAGUGGCUGAGCCAGGUGGAGUCGUACAUCGCAGAGCAGAGACGGGGUGACAGGAUGCGGCCUCGGGCCCCUGGGAGGGGCUGGCACGGGGAGGAGGAAGUGGUGGCGGCCACAGGCCAGGAAGGACAAGUGGAGGGAGAGGAAGAGGGGGAAGAGGAGGAAGAGGAAGAGGAUAUGAGUGAGGCGUUCGAGUACGUACCUGUGUUUGACCCGGUAGUAAACUGGGACCAGACCUUCAGUGCCCGGAAUCUCGACUUCCAAGCCCUGAGGACUGACUGGAUCGAUCUGAGCUGUAACACAUCUGGCAACCUGCUGCUUCCAGAGCAGGAAGCUCUUGAGGUCACGCGGGUCUUCUUGAAGAAGCUCAACCAGAGGAGCCGGGGGAGGUACCAGCUACAGCGCAUUGUGAACGUGGAAAAGCGUCAGGACCAGCUACGUGGGGGUCGCUACCUCUUGGAGCUUGAACUAUUGGAACAAGGCCAGCGCGUGGUGCGGCUCGCGGAGUAUGUGUCUACGCGAGGCUGGCAGGGCAUCGAUCCAGCCGGUGGGGAGGAGGCUGAGGCCCGGAACCUGCAAGGCCUGGUCUGGGACCCACACGACCGUCGGAGACAGGUCCUGAAUAGCCGGGCCCAGGAACCCAAGCUGUGCUGGCCCCAGGGUUUCUCCUGGAGUCACCGAGCCGUGGUCCACUUCGUUGUGCCUGUGAAGAACCAGGCACGCUGGGUACAGCAAUUCAUCAAAGACAUGGAAAACCUGUUCCAGGUCACCAGCGACCCACACUUCAACAUCAUCAUCACUGACUAUAGCAGUGAGGACAUGGAUGUUGAGAUGGCGCUGAAGAGGUCCAAGCUGCGGAGCUACCAGUACGUGAAGCUAAGUGGAAACUUUGAACGCUCAGCUGGACUUCAGGCCGGCAUAGACCUCGUGAAGGACCCGCACAGCAUCAUCUUCCUCUGUGACCUCCACAUCCACUUCCCAGCUGGAGUCAUCGAUGCCGUUCGGAAGCACUGUGUGGAGGGAAAGAUGGCCUUUGCCCCCAUGGUGAUGAGGCUGCAUUGUGGGGCCACCCCCCAGUGGCCUGAGGGCUACUGGGAGGUGAAUGGGUUCGGGCUGCUUGGCAUCUACAAGUCUGACCUGGACAGGAUUGGGGGUAUGAACACCGAGGAGUUCCGAGACCGCUGGGGCGGGGAAGACUGGGAGCUGCUGGACAGGAUCCUCCAAGCGGGCCUGGAAGUGGAGCGUCUCUCCCUCAGGAACUUCUUCCAUUACUUCCACUCCAAGCGAGGGAUGUGGAGCCGCCGCCAGAUGAAGACGCUGUAGCCGGAGGGUGUCCGCGGGCCCAGCACUCCCCGCUCUGGACUAGCAGCGGCUCCCCAGGGCCCUGCUACUGUUCAGGGAUGGGGAGUGGGGUGACGGCUGGUCUCUAAGAGGCCUCGAAGCUGACGGCCCACUCCACCUGGAGCUGUCCCCUCACAGAGGCAGCUUCCGGGGCUCCUGCCUCUGCCUCCUGGGCCUUCAGAAGGGAGGACUUUGAGAGAGAGGCCAGGAGGGGCCACUUGCUCAGUUGAGAACGGGAACAGCUCCUGAGAAGGACGGGUCAGGAAGGAGAGAUCUGGCUGAGCGACGCCAUCCUCAUCCAUGAAGGUGCACGUCCACAUCCACCAAGCGCUCCUCACACCAAGCGCUGACCACCAGACACUCUUCUAGUGGAUGUAUUUUAUUGGGGGGCGGGGAUUUUAAAAACAGAAAACCAGAACUGCUGUCCAGGGCGGGGGUGAGGUUGUGCACUGAGGGACUGUCCCCACGUGCCGGCCUCCCGCCCACUCCUAUGUCCCUUGGGCAUUGUCCCUGGCCGCGGGGCUGGUCCCACGUGGGGCAGGUCUCUGCUCCACCCCAGGCUCGUGCCUUCCAGAGACACACAUCUCCCAGUAGCCACCAAACAGCUGGCCACUGAUUAGGGCAUUAACUUCCUCUGGAUGGCUCACUUCAGACCAGAAGCACAGAACGGGCUGUUUCUGGUGCUUGGGCAUUGGGAGGUGGGGGGCUGGCGGGCAGUGGGCUUGCCACUCCCUGGCACUGGAUAUUCAGGCCUGCAGAACAGGCAGGGUGAUGAAGGCAGAGGAGAGAAGCCCUUUCCCUUCCCGGCGUGCCUGUGGGUAAGGCCUCCGGAGAGGACUCGGAGAAGAGGUAAAGAGGAUGUGGACAUAUCUGUCAAUUUCCUUAGACGAGAAGCGGGUGGGGGCUGGACAGAAAGGGACGAAAAGGGAAGUGGAAGCUGUGAGCCUCACAGUCCAGCUCCGCCGCACACCUGCCCUUCUGCAGGGAGAGCCCUGGCCGCCUGGCCUUGAGUGGAAGAAGAGGAAAGGGUGUAUGGGGGCAAAACCCUGGAGCAGGGAGCAGGAUAAGAAGGGGGCGGGAUGAGAGGUUUGGGGAGGUGAGGACAUUGCCCUGAGAUACCCCCUGGAAGCAGGGAGAGGAGUGGGAGCAGGAGGAACUGAAGAGUGGGGCAGUUUCAGGGAAAAUAGCCCUGGGCCUUUUUAGUCGAGGCCACCCUUUCUGUCACCGGGUGACCUUGUACUUCUCUUGCACUAAUAACCCCCGGUGCUUUUGUGGCUGGGGUUUUUCUCUUGCUGCUGCUGCCUCCGCCGCUGCUGUGAAUUCACCCAUGGUGCAUUGGGCACUGGAUCUUGAACUCCAGAGUCUGUUUAGGGAGGUGAGCACAGGGCUGGGGGAGGUGCGGCGGGGCCCCGAAGACCAGGCCACUGAGCCCCCGCUCCAGGCUGUGAUGGUCCAAACCACAGCACUGGAGCUGCAGGGUCUGCCUAGUGGGCUCUGCGUUCCCCGAGAGCACGAGUUUGGCACGUGGAAGAAUGGAGCCCGUGGAGAACCUUCUGGGGGUUGGGGAGAAUCCCUGCCUCCCUUUAAGGAAUCAUGAAGGACAGAGACUUUUGAGAUUGUGACUUAGGAAGGCCGUACCUACUCCCUGGGCUGUGGCUUUUUCUGGUCCCUGCUGAGGCCGACUGGCCCCUGGAGAAGGAUUGCGGGGCAUAGGCUAGGGCUGCAGUUGGCCAGUGGGGCUGCCAGUUUCUUUCUGGGACCACUCUCGUCCUCGGACAUUGCACUGGAAGGCUGGAACCAGCCCAAACUGCCCACCUGCUUCACUUCCAAUGACUAGGAGCCAGCCCAGCCUCCUGCCCUGCCCACACCCCUGCGCCCUGGCCCAGUGCCUUGCAUUUGAUGUUACCUCCACACCAUCUGCCUUAAGGGGAAGGGCCGGGCAAGGCCCCUACUCCCUAGAGAAAUGUCUUGGGUAGGGGAGGGUGUGGGAUGGUGAGAGGGGAAGCAUUAAAUACAGCAACUUCUUAGGAAAAAAAAAAAAA